AUGCGCGCGAGGCGAACGGGCGCGGCGGCGGCGAACGAGGACGACGCGCGAUUGGCCAAGUAUCUCGUCGUGAACGCGGAAAACGUCGCGCACAACGCGCGAGUGAGCGCGCGAGUGUUCACGUACCUGAGCAUCGUGUCCGGAAUCGCGAUCGGCGCGCUCGGAUACACCGGAGUGCGAGGGUUCGCGGCGCACGGGGUGUUUAUGCUGGCGAGCGCGUGCGCGGUGGCGGCGAGCAAGUGCGAGGGACGACCGACGAGUUUCUUUCCGUCCGUCGAUAAGGUGUUCCUGGACGGACCGAACGCUGGAUUGCCGACGUUUGUGUUGUUUUGGACGCUGUCGUAUAAUUGCUGGCACUUGUUUUAG